GCUGCCUCGGUAUCUUUUGUCUCCUUAUCCGCACGGCGGUUGUUCUUCUCCGACACGUCUGUUCAAGCCCAUUGCCACAGGAGAAAGAGGACAUUCUGGUGGUGAUGAGAGAGCCAUUACCUUGCAAACAUUGAUCUGUCCGUCUUUUUUGCGAGCUUCUCCGACAAAAAUAGAGCCACCGGCGUUUUUGCCGAUGUCGACCGAGUUAAAACAGCUUUCCCCGCACCGAGGAUGGAGCAUCUGCAUCCUUUAGACUAACGGCGCAUUUUCCCCAUGCGUGGCCUUAAAAUCCAUUCCGUCUCUCCUUUUCUCGUUUCUCUUCUUUUUCUUUUCCCUUUAUCCUCCUUCGUCCCUUACUUUGAACGUUGGCUGCUAUUCAAAUAUUGCUUUCAGUCCCUGAAAGUCGUCAAUAAAGAUGGUUUUCUACCCCCCAAAGUCGGCAGGUGAACUGCCUGAAAUCCCCGAUAAUAUCCCAAUUAGUGAUUUCAUCCUCACUGAACAUUAUGGCCGAGUGCCUCUUGGGUACUCCAGAGACCCCUACACCUGUGGUGUCACCGGAAAGUCAUAUUCCACAUUGGAAGUGACCGAGCGGGUCGACUACCUGUCGAGAGCUCUCGCAAAGGAAUUCAACUGGGUCCCCAACCAGGGCACAGAAUGGGACAAGACUGUGGGAAUCUUCACUUUGAACUCUAUUGACACGUUGCCUUUGUGCUGGGCAACACACAAAUUGGGAGGUGUCACAACACCUGCGAAUGCCUCCUACUCUGCGCCCGAGUUGAAACACCAAUUGCUUGACUCCAAGGCCAAAGCACUGUUCACAUGUGUGCCCCUGCUUCCCGUAGCCCUCGAGGCUGCGGCAAGUGCUGGAUUUCCCAAGGACCGCAUUUACUUGAUUGAACUCCCACAACAGAUUCUCGGUGGUGCCAAACAGCCUGCAGAGUACAAGACUGUCUCUCAGCUCAUUGAGGCAGGAAAGUCACUUCCCAAAUUGGAGAAGCUGAAUUGGAGUGCUGGAGAGGGUGCUCGUCGAACUGCCUUCCUAUGUUACUCUAGUGGAACAUCGGGUUUGCCUAAAGGUGUAAUGAUCUCCCACAAGAACGUUAUCGCAAAUGUUCUGCAGAUCACCGCUUUUGAAAAGUCAUACAGAGACUCUAAGAAGGCCCCUGGGACACAGUCGCCUUUUACAGAAGUUGCGCUGGGUCUUCUUCCUCAAAGCCACAUCUACGCCCUCGUGGUCAUCUGCCAUGCUGGUGCCUACAGAGGUGACCAAACAAUCGUCCUGCCCAAGUUCGAAUUCGGCAUGUAUCUGUCUGCGAUCCAGAAUUUCAAGAUCGCGGGUCUCUUCGUGGUGCCCCCAAUUAUCAUCAAUAUGCUUCGGAAUCUGGAGACAUGCAAAAAGUAUGACUUGAGCUCGGUCACUUCUUUGUUCAGCGGUGCCGCACCCUUGGGCGUGGAAACUGCUACCGAUUUCCAGAAAGCAUUCCCGAAGGUCCUCAUCCGCCAAGGAUAUGGUCUCACGGAAACAUCGACGGUGGUUUGCUCGACUCAUCCCGAUGACAUCUUCUUCGGUACAUCCGGUCCUCUCAUCCCCGGAGUUAAGGCGCGCAUUGUGGACGCAGACGGCAAAGAGGUCACCAGUUAUGACACACCCGGUGAAUUGAUUGUUCACAGCCCAAGUGUGGUUCUGGGCUAUCUGAAUAAUGACAAGGCCAACAAGGAGACCUUUGAGGAUGGCUGGAUGCGCACUGGAGAUGAGGCCGUUGUGCGAAAGAGUCCAAAGGGUAUCGAGCAUAUUGUCAUUGUCGACCGCAUCAAGGAAUUGAUCAAGGUCAAGGGUUUGCAAGUUGCACCAGCUGAGCUGGAGGCUCAUAUUCUCGCCCACCCCGAUGUCGCAGACUGUGCUGUCAUCGCCAUUCCAGACGAGGCCGCAGGUGAGGUUCCCAAGGCUUUGGUGGUCAAGUCACCCUCAGCAGGUUCCGAUGAGGCAACCGCCGCAUCGAUCAAGAAGCACGUCCAAGACCACAAGGCACGGCAUAAGUGGCUCAAGGGAGGCGUGCGAUUCCUUGACGCAGUCCCCAAGAGCCCUAGUGGCAAGAUCUUGCGACGACUGCUUCGCGACCAAGAGAAGGAAGCACGCAGAAAGGCAGGAUCGAAGUUGUAGAUUGUUUGUUUAUAUCCGGAUGAUUCCCAAUGGUUUUCGAACCAGCCAUGUAUAUCCCCUUAAAUUCAGUUAUAUAUUACGAAUUCACAUAUGAUUCAAUUCAAAGUGAAGUGCCAAAG